CACGCACACACACACACACACCCGGCAGGCAGCAGGCAGGGAGCAGGCAGCAGGCAGGCAGCGGGCGGGCAGCACGGGCUCCGCGGGGCUGCCGGCCCCCGCCGCCGCCGCAUGCGGGUCCCCGCCGCCGCCCCGCAGCCCGCGGCCCCCGCGCCCGCCCCGCCGCCGCCGCCCGCCGCCUCCGCCGCCGCCGUCUGAUGAGCCACAGCCCCGCCGAACCGGGCAGCCGCCGCCCCGCCGCCAGCCACCAUGUACCUGCACCCGGAGGCUGCCAGCGCAGGAGCUCCCUCCCGCGACGUCCUCCUCGUCUCAGCCAUCAUCACCGUCAGCCUUAGCGUCACCAUCGUCCUCUGCGGGAUCUGCCAGUGGUGCCAGCGCAAACUGGGUAAGCGGUACAAGACUUCCCUGGAGACAGUGGGAACCCCCGAUUCCAGCCGAGGCCGCAGCGAAAAGAAAACCAUCAACGAUCUAGACAGAGACUUUUGGAAUAACAAUGACAACACAGUGCAGCAGAAAUGGAGCUCCUACCCUCCCAAGGAGUUUAUUCUAAACAUUUCACCUUACGCCCCGUACGGUGACCCCCGGCUUUCCCUCAAUGGCUCUCUGUUAUCAGGGGCCAAGCUGACGGCGUCGGCCGCCGCGGGGUUGGCGGGGGACCACGACGCCGCCCGCCCCGGGGAGAAGCAGCGGCUCGGCGAGGACGGCCUGAGGAGCAGCGUCUCUGCCCACAGCGAGCCCGGCGCGGGGAAGGCGGCGCGAGGCCGCUGGCACACGGUGCAGAGUCACUUGGCCGCAGGGAAACUCAGCCUGUCCAAUUUCGAGGACUCCACCUUGUCCACAGCCACUACCCUUGAGUAUAUCCCCACCUCAGCAGGCGACCCCAAAUGCCAGAGGCCCCGCACGCUCAUGCGCCAGCAAAGUCUCCAGCAACCCCUCAACCAGCGCGCCAACCACAGCCAACCCACCACCAGCCAAAGCUUGGGGCAUCUCCAAGCCCACAGCGGCUCCUCCACCGGCACCAGCAACCCGCGGGGCUCCCGCGGUGCUCCGGGGCGGCAGGGCAUCGCCGCCGGCUCCAAACAGCGGAUGGCUGGCGGCCGGAGCCGUUCCAAUCCCGGCAGCUGGGACCACGUGGUGGGGCAGAUCCGCAACCGCGGCUUGGACAUGAAGUCCUUCUUGGAAGGCCGGAUGGUGGUGUUAUCCCUGGUUUUGGGACUCUCAGAACAAGAUGACUUUGCCAAUAUCCCUGACCUGCAACCCGCUGGGACGCAGCCGCCCAACCAGCCGAACGCUCAGGGGGACAAGAGGUUGCCGGCCGGCGGCAAGGCGGUGACCACAGCGCCGGUGCCGGGGCAGCCACCGCAAGAUGAGUCCGACCGCAAGACAGAGCCACAUUCCUCCGUCUCCGACCUGGUCAACUCCCUGACCAGCGAGAUGCUGAUGCUCUCCCCGGGCUCCGAGGAUGACGAGGCCCAUGAAGGCAUCAGCCGGGAGAACCUGGGCCGCAUCCAGUUCAGCGUCGGCUACAACUUCCAGGAGUCCACCUUGACCGUCAAGAUCAUGAAGGCGCAGGAGCUGCCAGCCAAGGACUUCAGCGGCACCAGCGACCCCUUCGUCAAGAUCUACCUGCUCCCUGACAAGAAGCACAAGCUGGAGACCAAGGUGAAGCGGAAGAACCUCAACCCGCACUGGAACGAGACCUUCCUCUUUGAAGGGUUCCCUUACGAGAAGGUGGUGCAACGGGUGCUGUACCUCCAGGUCCUGGACUACGACCGCUUCAGCCGUAACGACCCCAUCGGGGAGGUGUCCAUCCCCCUCAACAAGGUGGACCUCACCCAGAUGCAAACCUUCUGGAAGGAUCUGAAGCCCUGCAGUGAUGGCAGUGGAAGCCGUGGGGAGCUGCUGCUGUCGCUGUGCUACAACCCCUCGGCCAACUCCAUCGUGGUGAACAUCAUCAAAGCACGGAACCUCAAAGCCAUGGACAUCGGGGGCACAUCAGACCCCUAUGUGAAGGUGUGGCUGAUGUACAAGGACAAGCGGGUGGAGAAGAAGAAGACGGUGGUAAUGAAGCGGUGCCUGAACCCCGUCUUCAACGAGUCAUUUGCCUUCGACAUCCCCACGGAGCGGCUGCGCGAGACCACCAUUGUCAUCACCGUCAUGGACAAGGACAGGCUGAGUCGCAACGAUGUCAUCGGCAAGAUUUACCUGUCGUGGAAGAGCGGCCCCGGGGAGGUGAAGCACUGGAAGGACAUGAUCGCCCGGCCCCGGCAGGCCGUGGCACAGUGGCACCAGCUGAAGGCCUGAGCACCCCAAGACUGUGCGGGGGUCCCCCAAUUCCCACCCGGUCCCCGUCACCCCUCUGAGGAGCCAAUGGACCGGUGGGACAGUGGCUCAUGGGGACCCGGCGGUAGGAGGGGGACGGAGGCCCCCCAGCUCCCUGCUUUCUCCUUUCGCCAUCACGGGGAUUUGGGGGAUGCCCAGCCAGGACCCCCAGCCAAGGAGGGUGACAGAAGCGAUGACCCCCCUGUCCCCAUCCCCGCCACUGGGCAGGACUUCUGCGAGUGCUUCCAGCCCUGGGAGCCCCUCUGCCCCCCCAUUUCAAGGGGACCAGGCUGUGGGUGCAAGAGGGACCCCCGCAACAUCCCCCUCUUUUUUCAGCUCAAUAAAACCUCUCCGAGCCGUCAGUGUCACCCGAGCGGGGCCACAGACCGCCCCCCCCAUGCCCUGUCUUGUCCCCCCCGCCCUCCCCGAGGUGGGGGUCACCUUGAGGGGGGGCAGAGGGUGACACCCCCCUUUCCCUGGGCCCUCUGGGAUCGGAAGCCAUGACACAGUUCGUUAGCCAAAGCGGGCUCGUUAGUGCACUGCCUUCAGCUGGGUUCGAUGCUUUACCUCCAUUUUCGGGCUCACUCCCUCCAUGGGGACCCUGCCAGCCUGCCACCACUCCAGCUCUUGCCCCGUAACCCCCACCCUGGGCAUGUCCCUGCAGGGGACGGUCCCUGAGCCCCUGGGGGGACAUUGAGCAUCCCCAGGUGACCCAGGCACUGGAGGCUAGUCCGGGACACCCCCAUGAGCCCUGUGCCCAGCACUGGGGUCCCUGGGGGAUAGGCCCAUUUUCCCCAUCCUGGGAAGGUGAUGUCCCCCUCCUGGGGAGGUGACAUCCCCUGGGCCACCCCCUGUAUCCCCAUCAGCCUCUCCCAGAUCUUCCUGCCUGCUCCAUAGGGCAGGGGGUCCCUAAAGUGGGGACAGACCCACCUGGGAGCCCCAUGGGACACAGGGACUUGGCGGGGUGACAGAUGGGGUUGGUUGUCCCCACCGCCCUGCGCUGUGGGGGGGUCAGCGGUGGCUCUGACAGGACCACAGCAGCACUUGGGUGGGAUGUGACACAUCCCUGCCCAUCCCCAGCAGGUGACACUGGUGCCACUUGGUGUCCAGCUACUCCACCAGGACUGGCACAAGGUGAGGACAUGGUGGCCAAUGUCUGUGUGUCCCCAUGGUGGCUCCCGGGGUGUCCCCGUGCCCCUCUGGAUGGAGGGACAUUGGCCGAGCCCUCCAGGAGGAGGGGACAGGUGGGUGCUGCUACCUCCGCAGCCAUCUCAGGUAGGACGCGGCCACCCAUGGGGACACCCAGAGUGAUUCCAAAGGCAACUGGGUGCCCACCAGCAUGGAGCCACCUCCCCUGGCCAAGGGUCCCCCAUCCUCAGUCUUCCUGCUGUCCCUGUGGCACUCGCCACCUGUCACCCCUCCCACACCCGUGGGGACGACACCGAGGUCACCAACACCCCACUGCUGGGUGCCACCGAGCCACAGCCCCUGGGUGUCACCGAGACCAGGGGCUGUCCCCUGGGGGGACUGCGUACAGCCCAGUUUUAGCGUGUCACCCUGCAACCAUCAUCCCUGUGCCACAGCGUGUCCCAGCCGGUGGCACAAGCCCCACGAGCGUUAAUGCCACCCCAUGGGACUGCAUGGGGACAUGGGGUGCUGGGGGGGGCACCCACUUGAACCUCCAUGGGGUUUUCUCCAAGUCACAGUGGGGGGAUCCCGCACCAGAACACCCCAAAAGUCCCCAGGGUGCUAGUCCCUUCUCCCACUGAUGGGGACGUCCCCAGUGCCCUGGGGGACGAGCUGCCUGGGGACAUUGUGGCAGCGGGACCGUCCCAUGGGGGUUUGCCAGCCCUCCCAGUCCCUCUUUAGCCGAUUUUGGACAAUCUGGAGAGAAGUCAUACUACUGCUACUACAGUAAUAACUGACGCUUUUAGGGACAUUUGUAUUUUUAUCAUUUUCUCUCUUCAUUUUUUAACAUAAAAGAGAUUGACACGUCCUGGGGGGGGGCACACCCCAAAGCCGGGCACUACAGCAGGUUGUGCCAGGGUCCCCCCCGACCUGGGGGGGCUGUGCCAAGGUGGGUGACCCCAAAUGGCCCCUCGGUCACCCCCUGUCCCCCGGGAAGGAUUUCUUGUCUACAGUUGGCUCCCCCGGGGCCUCGUGUGUUCAUUUUUUAACUCUAGAGCUCUUAGCCGUUCUCUUGUUCAGGUAUCUUUCUUCUUCAUGUGACAGUAACAUCCAACUGGUGUGUAAAAUACAGCGAAAAAAGACAAAAAAAAAUUAAAAAUGUAAAAAAAUAAUAAUAAAAACAAAAGACAAAAGCCCAGCCCAGCCGGCGAGGGGGUGCCCGGCCGGCGAUGUCACCCCCUGCCGGUGGCUUUGCUGCGUGGGGUGGCUGUGACCAGAUCCCCCCUUUUCCAUUAACAGCAGCAGAGGCCGGGGGGGCUGUGGGGGCGGCAAGGGUUGGGGCGCCUUCUUUGCAGAAUCCUAUUUUUGGGGAGCGGGGCCCCUCGUUUUCUGGAGGCAGCCCCUGUUCUCGGUAAUAAAGGACAGUCAGUAACUGC